UUUGAAGCAACAAGCUGAUAAAAAGACAUAUUUAAGAGAAUCCGCGACCAAAAAGAACUUAUAUCAAAGAAGCUGCCUAGGUGUUUAGCUGAAAGGAAUUAAAAAAGAAAAAACAGUUUGAAGAAAAAAAGCAAAAAUGCACCGGCCGUUUUUUAAUAGUGUUGUUAAAUGGCUGGCGAUUGUUUUAGUCGGUCUUGCAGUGACUGCAACGGCUAUACCAGUAGAAGACAGCCCCACUGUGGUACAUGUAGUAGAAGGAGGAAACCCACUAUCUUUGCUGCAGAAUGAUGACUCCGGACAAUCCUCGAUCGAUUACUAUUUGUUUACGAGAUCCAACCCCACAACGGCGCAGCGUCUCUACAUGAAUGAGGAAUCCAUCAAGUCUUCGUCUUUCAACCCUGAACACCCCACCGUGGUGGUGGUACACGGUUUCCUCGGCAGCCAUAAUUCCGCGCUCAACCCAGCUAUUAGAGACGUCCACCUCAACAAAGCUGACACCAACGUCAUCAUCCUCAACUGGAAUAGGAUUGGCGGUGAUGAUGAAGACUCCGCAAUACUGAAUACUCCCGCAGUCGGUCGCCGCUUGGGACAGUUUCUGAAAUUCCUGAGCGAGGUUUCUGGAGCUAGCUACGACAAAAUGCACCUUAUUGGCUUCAGCUUAGGAGCUCAUUUAGUUGGAAGCGCUGGAAGGGAAUUAGAUGGAAAGAUAGCCAGAAUAACUGGUUUGGAUCCUGCCGGUAGACUGUGGCAGGUCCAUCCAGAACGUUUAAGCUCAUCUGAUGCCCAAUACGUAGAAGGCAUACACACCAGCAAGGAAUUCGGCAUAAAUUUCGUAAUCGGUCAUGCUGACUUCUUCCCCAACGGAGGGGAAUCGCAACCCGGUUGCCUCACGCCGGUCUGCAGUCACUACCGCUCCUUUCAGCUGUAUGCCGCAACCGUGGAGCAUAACCAUCUCGUAGGCAGAAGAUGCUCAUCUCUGAUACAGCUGCUUUUAGACAUGUGCAAUGGAGAUAUAUUGCAUAUGGGCAACGACGAUAUUAAUAAGCGAGGAUCUGGACUAUACAGAGUAAACACUGGUUGGAGAUACCCAUACUGA